AUGGCCGAUAGUAACAACACCAAUCUCUCCUCGUCUUCCUCCUCCUUCUCCACCGCCGGUGGGUCAAAAAUAUCAGAAUCCUCCGGUUUACAACCCAAGUCUUGCAUGAUUAAAAAGAGAUCACGUCCAAAUCCUGGUGAUUUAAGUUACAAACACCCGGUGUAUCGUGGAGUCCGACUCCGCCGAUGGGGUAAAUGGGUAUCAGAGAUACGACAGCCACGUCAGAAGUCACGCAUUUGGCUCGGCAGUUUUUCCACGGCGGAGAUGGCUGCCAGAGCUCAUGAUGUUGCCGCGUUAUCAAUCAAAGGUAAUUCCGCCAUUCUUAACUUUCCUCAACUCAGAGACUCUUUGCCACGUCCAGCUUCUGUUUCUCCACGUGACGUCCAAAAAGCUGCCGCGAAAGCAGCCUCCAUGCAAGAGUUUGUCUCUUCCUCGUCGGAGAGUUUGGUGCAACCGCCGUUGUCGACUGGGUCUAUGUUGUCUGCUGAUAACGUCGUCAAUCCUGUGGAUGAUCAGUUGGGUGAAAUCAUUGAGUUACCAAGUCUAGAUGGGUGUUUUGAAUCGUCAUCAAGUGAGUUGGUGGUUGAAACGGUGGAUGGGUGGAUGUAUCCGUCGUGGCUGGUGGCUGACAUUGAUAGUUUUCCCUUUCAGGGAUUGUUCGGAGACGCUGGUAGCUAG